AUCCUCUAUAGGAAUUUGACAAGCUUGACUUAUCUCUAUUUGCAACAAAACAAACUUAGUGGAUCUAUUCCUCUGGAAAUAGGGAAUUUGACAAGCUUAAUUGAUCUCUAUUUGCAAAAAAACCAACUCAGUGGAUCUAUUCCCCUUCAAAUGUGUACUCUGUCGAGGCUAACUCACCUUGACUUGUCCUUCAAUUCUCUCACCGGCGAGUUGCCUCCAUGUAUCCAAAACCUCACUAGGCUUCAAGUUCUUAGGAUCGGUUUUAAUCACAUCAAUGGCUCUAUCCCUCUUGAGUUGGGAAAUUUGGAGAGAUUGACCAACUUGGAUCUCGAGGACAAUUUGCUUAAUGGUGUAGUCCCUUCGACUAUUGGUCGCUUGCACAAUUUACGAUCCCUUAGAUUUAACUCAAACAAUUUAAGUGGCUUUAUCCCUCUUGAACUAGGGAACCUCGCAAAAUGAAUGUUGUUAAUUUAGGUUUCAACAACUUCACUGGUCCCAUUCCGUCUUCUAUAGGGAAUUUGACGAGCUUGAAUUAUCUCAAUUUGCGAAGAAACCAACUCGGUGGAUCUAUUCCUCCAAAAAUAGGGAAUUUGACGAGCUUGAAUUAUCUCAAUUUGCGAGGAAACCAACUUGGUGGAUCUAUUCCUCCGGAAAUAGGGAAUUUGACGAGCUUGACUCGUCUCAAUUUGCGAGGAAAUCAACUCGGUGGAUAUAUUCCUUCAAAAAUAGGGAAUUUGACAGGCUUGGCUUAUCUUGAUUUGCGAGGAAACCAACUCAAUGGAUCUAUUCCUCCAGAAAUAGGGAAUUUGACAAGCUUGACUUAUCUCUAUUUGCAAGAAAACAAACUCAGUGGAUGUAUUCCGUCGCAAAUAGGCAAUUUGAAGAGCUUGAUUGCGCUGAAUUUACAUGAAAAUAGAAUUGAUUGUGCCAUCCCAUCGAAAAUAGGAGAUUUAAGGGAUCUCCGACAGCUAGAUUUGAGCUCGAACAACUUGGUCGGGGAAAUCCCCUUUCAACUUGGGAAACUGAGCUACUUAAACUAUCUCGAUCUUCACAACAAUUCUCUUUCUGGCUCCAUUCCAAAUAAUCUCAAGGCUGUCUUUCCUGAUACUGCUUUUCUUGGCAACAAAGAUCUGAACCAGUUUCAUGAAACCCAAGCCCCCAAAAGAAGGUCUAGCGUAAUUCAUUAUAUGACGGUGUUCAUUCCACUAGCUGGGAUUUCCUGUAUAGUGGUUGGAUCUUGCUUUCUAUUUCGAUGUGCAACAAAAACAGAGCAACCGGAGACUACAGAGAAAAAUGGAAAUUUCUUGUCAAUAUGGAAUUAUGACGGGAGGAUUGCUUAUGAAGACAUAAUUGAUGCAACAGAGGAUUUCGAUCUCAAAUAUUGCAUCGGGACUGGUGGUUAUGGUAGCGUUUAUAGAGCACGAUUGCCCAAUGGAAAAGUUGUGGCAUUGAAGAAACUUCACCGUCUUGAAGCAGAGGACCCAUCCUUCGACAAGAGCUUUCGAAAUGAAGUGAAACACUUGACAGAAAUAAGGCAUAGAAGCAUAAUCAAGCUCCAUGGUUUCUGCUUACACAGGCGAUGCAUGUUCUUAGUUUACGAAUACAUGGAAAAUGGGAGUCUAUUAUGUGCUUUGAGAGAUGAUAUUGAAGCCGUGGAAUUGGAUUGGUCCAAAAGAGUCAAUCUCAUCCAGGAUAUAGCAUAUGCUUUGUCUUACAUGCACCAUGAUUGCGUUCGGGCAAUUGUUCAUCGAGACAUAUCUAGCAAUAACAUCUUACUCAACAGUAAAAUGCAGGCUUUUGUAUCAGAUUUUGGCACCGCGAGACUUCUAGGUCAUGAUUCCUCAUCUAACUUCACUGCAAAUAUCGCUGGCACCUAUGGAUACAUUGCACCAGAGCUUGCAUAUUCUUUGGUUGCCAAUGAGAAAUGCGACGUAUAUAGUUUUGGAGUGACAGCAAUGGAAACAAUGAUGGGUGAGCAUCCAAGAGAUAUUAUAUCUAUCUUGUUGACAUCCUCUGGAGAAGAUAUCAUGCUGCAUAAAAUUGUAGACCAGCGGUUGCCUUUUCCAAGAGAGAACUCUGUUGCAAGAAGUAUUGUUUUGGUAGUUUCUCUAGCGCUUGCUUGCUUGAGUGCUAAUCCAAAGUCUCGACCAACUAUGAAGCAAGUCUCCGAAGCUUUUCUAGCUCGAAAGUCAACAUUGGCAAAGCCCUUCCAUGAGAUCUCAUUGGCUCAGCUUCGAUAUGUUAAUAGAUCACGGUUGGAAGGUGAAUCAACAGAGCUUCAUCAGGACAGAGCGAGGAGUAAGGGUCAUUAAGUGCUUGUCUAGUAAAGAGAUAAUUGAUAAUGAAGCUGCAAUUUGGUGAAAGUGAUUGAGCAUAUAAAAUUGUAUGGCUUCUGCAAAUUAGUAAGUCUUGUUAAACUCUUUUCCAUUCUAUGCUGUAAGAGUGAGAUGCAGUUUAUUUAUGACACAACAAAAAACCACGAUUACUUUUGA